AUGGCUCUUGCUUCCAGUGCUACUAUCCCGAUGCUCGACGCCACCCUGGUACACGAGAAACCGGAGAGCAUCGUCGAUCAGGACAUUCCGACUACGAGGAACCACGACGGGGUCCGUAUCGUCGCUCCACAUGAGUACAAGGAGGCAGCAGCGUGUCUUGCUGAAGCGUUUCGCUUCGACAAUAUCGUGCGCUACGCCGUCGACACUCCUGACCGCGAGCACAUGAGUGACGAAGAGAGAUUCGAGUUGCACAGAACCACCAUGGAAUAUGUCACCUAUGCCCACUGUCUCAACGGCUUGGUCUUGACGGCAGGAGAACACUAUGACUGCGUCGCUCUCUGGCUCCCCCCUGGAAAGAACAUCGACGACUGGUUGACCAUCGUCCGUAGCGGAAUGUGGCGGCUCCGCUACAAGCUGUCCAAGGAAGGCAAGAUCCGUUUCUUUGAUGAGUUUUUGCCGUUGCUGCACGAUACUAAGCAGGAGGUCCUGGGUGAGAGGGAUGACCAGUCUUGGUACCUCAACUACGUGGGAACGAAGCCUGAAGCUCGAGGCAAAGGCUAUGCGAGGAAGGUGAUCGAGUAUGUUUCGAAGCUGGCUGAUGAUCGUGGUCUUCCAUGCUACCUCGAGAGCUCGCACGACAUCAAUAUCAUCAUCUACGGGAAGCUGGGGUUCGAACUCAGGAAGCAAAUCUACCUGACCAGAGCAUGCGGCAAGGAACUCCGGCUGGAUGUCAUGGUCAGGGAGCCUGCUACCUACGAGAAGAACGGCGACCCAGUGGUUUCAAAGUCAAAGUAG